UUCCUCUGUGAUGCAACACGAAAGGCAAACGAUGCAAAUUUAUUGGAAAUAGGGAUGUAAUCGCUAAUGGUUGAUGGGUGAAGGACGGGUAUGAAGACAAUAUGUACUAGAUAUAUGCAAGAAGGAAAAGAGAAACUGUACAGUGCUAUAAGAAAGGAUGAUCAUUCAAGAAGCAUGGCGUGUAGUGCUUGCAGCUGCCCGGAUAUUCACCAGCAGUCUGUUUUUCUCUUUGAAAAACGUAUCAACUGCUUGCAGCGUUUCUUGCGUUCGUGUAGCCAGGUUGCGUCCUUGUACUGCAUCCCCCUCUUCUGGUGAAGUGCCGGUAAUACUGAGCAAGCCGCAGGCCUUGGCAUGUGUUUCGAGUGCUUGCAAAGCCGUCAUCAAGUUCUCGUAAUCAGCUACAAUAGAUUUUGUAACAACAUUGCAUUAAUGGAGAGCAUGACCUUAAGUUUAAGAAAUCGCUGUUUGUUUUUCUUUCCUUUUAUUUUUUUUACCUUGCAUAGCAGCAGGUUCAUAAGGUAUCCAUGCUGAUUUCUCACUACCAAAUCAAGAUUCAGUUGGUUAUUGGAAGGGAUGAAGCGAUAUUAGCAAAACAAGCAAGUGCUUUAUUUAAUUGAGACGUUGUAAAGAAACAACUGUGUGUGUACAUUUUGUCAAAAAACUCUUUUCCUUUUUGCUCAAUUGUGGAGAGUUGUGAAAUGAGAGUGAAAAACGCGGACCGAUAUUCCUGCGUAGCUUUGGAUGCCAUAAUAAUAAAUUUACGUAUGAGAAAGGGCAAAAUAGAAACACGAAC